UGGCUGGCCUCUCUGGGCAGCUGUGCCCUGGGGAGUCAGGCAUGCCUUUGACCUGCUCCUCCCUUCUCUUCUCAGGUCUGGAUGAAAGCCCUGCAAAGGGUGGAGAGAGGUCCUCCACUGGCAUGGCUCCCCCAGAGCAGCAGAACCUGACAUAUCCUGGGCAAUGGGCAUCUCAGCUAUUGGAGCUCCCUGUCUCAGAUUACACAGGGGGAGGCGGCUGGGUCUGCAUGUCAAGCUCUGAGCCUGUGUACGACGCAAGCCUGUUUACUCUGUCUGCUCAGGUAAGACUGUAGUGCAGGCUGUUAUGCCAGGAAACUUCCCACUCACAGAGAAGACCACGCUGCCUGGCUGUGACAUCCUAGGGGCUCAGGAGAAAAAUGAACUGGCCCUAUGCCUGCUUCUCAUUUUGCUGGAUUUAUUUUGCUGCUUCUCAACUGAGAGCUGUGGAAACAGCAAAUGGAAGAUACGCUCAGAAGUUGUUUAAUGACCUUUUUGAAGAUUAUUCCAAUGCUCUUCGUCCAGUCGAAGACACAGAUAAAGUCCUCAAUGUUACACUGCAGAUCACACUGUCUCAGAUUAAGGAUAUGGAUGAAAGAAACCAGAUUCUGACCGCCUAUCUGUGGAUCCGCCAGAUCUGGCACGACGCCUACCUCACGUGGGAUCGAGAGCAGUACGACGGGCUGGACUCCAUCAGGAUCCCCAGCGAGCUGGUGUGGAGGCCGGACAUCAUCCUGUACAACAAGGCUGAUGAUGAGUCUUCAGAGCCCGUGAACACCAACGUGGUCCUGCGCUACGACGGGCUCAUCACGUGGGAUGCCCCCGCCAUCACCAAAAGCUCCUGCGUGGUGGACGUCACCUACUUCCCCUUCGACAACCAGCAAUGCAACCUGACCUUCGGCUCCUGGACCUACAACGGCAAUCAGGUGGACAUAUUCAACGCGCUGGACAGUGGCGAUCUCUCCGACUUCAUCGAGGACGUGGAGUGGGAGGUCCACGGCAUGCCGGCCGUGAAGAACGUGAUCUCCUACGGCUGCUGCUCUGAGCCUUACCCAGAUGUCACCUUCACCCUCCUGCUGAAGAGGAGGUCCUCCUUCUACAUCGUCAACCUCCUCAUCCCUUGUGUCCUCAUCUCUUUCCUAGCUCCCUUAAGCUUCUACCUCCCAGCAGCCUCCGGGGAGAAGGUCUCCCUGGGAGUGACCAUCCUGUUGGCCAUGACCGUUUUCCAGCUGAUGGUGGCAGAGAUUAUGCCAGCCUCAGAAAAUGUCCCUCUGAUAGGCAAGUACUACAUAGCCACGAUGGCCUUGAUCACGGCCUCCACCGCCCUGACCAUCAUGGUGAUGAAUAUCCACUUCUGCGGGGCCGAGGCCCGGCCAGUGCCACACUGGGCCCGUGUGGUCAUCCUGAAAUACAUGGCCAGGAUCUUGUUUGUCUAUGAUGUGGGUGAGAGCUGCCUCAGCCCACGCCACAGCAGGGAGCGGGGCCACCUCACCAAGGUGUAUGGCAAGCUUCCAGAGUCAAAGCCGAAGACAGCCAGGAACAAGGACCUUUCCCAGAAGAAGGAAAUGAACAAACUCUUAAAGAACGACCUGGGGUGCCAGGGUGAGACGCUGCAGGAAGCCGAGAGUUACUGCACGCGGUUUGAAACACUGACCAGGAAUAUCGAGUAUAUCGCCAAGUGCCUCAAAGACCACAGGGCCACCCACUCCAAGGGGAGUGAAUGGAAGAAAGUUGCGAAAGUCAUAGACCGAUUCUUCAUGUGGGUUUUCUUCAUCAUGGUGUUUGUGAUGACUAUUUUGAUCAUCGCCAGAGUGGAUUAGAGGGCAUUUGAUAUAGAGGAGAAAUCAAUAAAAUUCCCUCUGCACUGUUCUUCUAAGCCAGAUUUUUGUUCACAUGUCAGCUAGGUGUUGUCUCUGAUAUUUAUUUUUAAUGUCAAUAUUGUAGCUACCUGCUGGGUUAAAGUAAUCAAGAGAGCCACAUUUUUAAAGGUAGGAUGAAGGGGAAAUAAGGAAGGACUCUGUUAAGUGCUUACCAGAAUGGUGGGCAACUUGUCUCUAAUUUAUAUAAUUAUCUGUCUUUUCACCAUUGGGGAUAACAAUGCAUACCAUAUAACUUCAAAUUUCAGGGAGAAAAAAGUGCAAAACAAAACAGGCCUCUUAUUCGCUUAAUCUCUAUUAAACAUGUUUUUUUAGGAAAGGAAACUUGUCUACAGUGGUAGAUUUCAAACCUAAUUGGAAACAGUGGCAAAAAGGGUUUUGUCCUGCAUAAAGUCUAAGGAUUUACAAUUUAAAAGGGAGGAGAACUUUUUCAUAUUGGUGACAUCAUGUGUGCUAGCGGUGUUGUAUAAACUCCAAAGAUGAGAUCAUUCCUGCAUUGUCUUUAAUUAAAAUGAGAUAGAUGAGGUUGUUCAUACUGUUAGUCUUUGAUUAACAAUGAGGGAAUCUGCAAGCUGAGCUCAUUCAGUCGGUCACUCAGCUACUCACCAGAUAUUUGCUGUUUCCCCUACCAAUAAUAAGGCUCUAUGACUUACAUUUGUCAGGAGUGUCAGAGUAGGUCGUGUGCCGCAGGCUGGUCCGCACUGGUCUGUAUAGUUCUGUGACUGAGGCAGGCCCCGAUUGCUGUUUUUUGCAGAGGAACAACUGUGGUUCAGAAAGUGCGUGCGAGCGAUCCCCCAUCCAUGUGGGAGGUAAAUGGAGCUGGAAUUUGUCCCCUGUGCUGUGCUCUGGGUUGCACCAAGCCUGCUAAUGCCCCACUGCUUUCGGCCACCACAGACAGGUUAGAAUUCAGGAUAGCAGAGACGACGGGAUUCUCAUUCUGAACCCUAAACUUUCCGCCUACACAUGUAGACUUCUUGCCAUCAAACGUGCUGGAAGAUGGCCACGCCCUGGUGCUCCAGUGGUCACCUGGAGACGAGAAAUCACUAUUGCUGCUCAGACAACCUCGAGACCGGGAGAUCAUUUUAAACCACCCAGAUGGGUCAGGGGACUCGCGAGGAUACUUUUAAGUAGGAGGGCGAGGUAGAAGGGAAAGAACUCGAGAGACAGCGUCAUGACUUCUCAGCCGCUGAGUGAGUGGCUGAGACUUUGCAAGUGGCGCGAGUGAGCCCUGAGUCAAGGCGAGCGACCUCUAGAACCAAAUGUCCCUGGAGGAGGAAAGCAGCCCUGUGAGGCUCUGAUCUUACAGGUGAAACUCGGCUCAGGCUUUUGACCCCCCCUGCAACUCCAGACUUGAGGGCUCAAAGCAACUCUUGCCAACACAGCCAUGAACAAACCUGACAAAUGGACUGCCUUGGGCAAACUGGAAACACAAGUUCAAGCUUCUCUGAAGCCCUCGUGAUGAGGUCACCCAUAAUGUCACGGACUCCAAAGGGCAGCAAGGAAUCCGUCUCAUUCUCCCCUCCUCUCAGAUUACAACUUUGAAACAGGGCCUGGCUGUUAAAACUUCAUGAACGAUCAUUGUAGCUAAGCCUCUCCAACCCUUACAAAAUAGAACCCUGUGACAAAAUCA